AUGAAGGUAAAAGUUGCUGCUACACAAAUGAGCCAUAUUGUUGCAGCUGCAAUUGAACCAUAUGUUUCUACUCACACAUUACCAUCUGAAGCUCUACACACAGCUGAGUUUGUGGAAAAGGUAGAUAAUCUCUUUGAUUCACUCAACGGUAAUGAGCAAUAUCCCAGGGAUGGAAAACAAUUUAGGUGUGCUUUAUCAGAAAAUUCGCCACAUUUGAAAUGUGAAAUAAUAGAUUUAAAAACGGGAAGAAACAAGACUAAUAUGUUUAGCUUUAUAAAAGGUUGGCAGAUUACAUUAAAGUCUCUUAUUUUCUUGUGGAAGGCCUUGAAAGUGGUUGGCUUUAAGAACUUAAAUUUAAAGGUGUUCAAUCAAGAUGCUUUAGAAAAUUUCUUUUGUUGUAUAAGACAACAUGGUAUUGCUAAUACAAACCCAACUUGUUUUCAGUUUGUACAAGCUCUGAAGACUUGUGUUGUCAAUCAUAUGACUUUGCCUUUCAAAGCCAUGAGUGUAAGUAACUGUGAAAAUGAUGAUUACACUCCCUUGAGCAGUUUGUGUCACUUUUUGGCAGCUAGUAGUAGGAGUGAACAUUUAAGUGAAUGUGAGAUGAAUGACACUGAUACACCUGAGCAAAUUUAUUCUUACUCAGAUGGUAUCAUCGAGUGUGUAGAAGAUCAACAAUCCUUAGCCUAUGUAGCAGGCUAUGUACUAAAAUCCAUAGAUGUACCAGAUGAUUGUGAAACAUGUAAUACCAGUCUCUACUCCUCUGUUGUGACUGAAAAUCAUUUGUUUACCUCAUUUAAAGAGAAUAGUGUGGAGCAUUCUCAUUUGAAAUAUGCAAGUGAAAGAGUCAUGAUUUUCCUAAGGGCCCUCCAUGAUCAGCUGUAUGAGUAUCUAAAUAGUCAUGGUCACACAAGACUACAUGAUAGUUUUAAAAAAAAACUUUUUUCUGUCUCGUACAACAAUUUGUAA